AUGGACGGUUCAUUCGACCACAGUGUCUCUCCUGAGCAGCUUAAAGCUCUCGACGAUUCGUUCAGCGGGGAUCAUCCGGCGAUCCAACCAGCCACCCAAGUGAGCGAACCACUCCCCCCCAUGCAUUCUGAUGAUGGUGCCCGGUCCCAAACUGAAAAUGUUGUUGAAGGUCCAGUCCAAUUGGCCGACCAAAUGAACACAUCACCUCGCAUGGCAGCUGCCUGGAUUCCUGGUAAUCCCUCCGAGACCGGAGAUGAUUUUGAGGACCUGAACACCCGUUUUUUCCCCUUGUGCUUUGACCUAAAUGAUGCCUGGUCAGAUCAUAUGUUUACCCUUGGUGGUCCCCUGUCAGUUGCGGGAAGUCCACGCUCAGAUAUGGCUGCCAGCCUGUAUGAGGAGAACCAAAUUCCUGGACCAUCCAGGCAGAUUAUGGACAACGGACUGGGAAGCUUCAAGGACAGGUUCACAUCCUGGUUGCACUGGAACGGGCCAGGGAGUGCCAAAUGGGACAAUGAGUUGGAACGCAGGUUGGAGGAGUUCGACGCCUGUCAUGACAAUUGGUUUAGGGACCCGUCCCGCCUCCUGGAUGAAGAUCUUAUUGAUGGAGCACUCACAUACAUAAAUGAAGCAAUGGAUAAGAGUGAGGUGUUUCAUUUGACAAAAUUAACAUAUUCACAUGUUCCUCCCAGGGGCUACACCCUUCAACAUCUGGAAAUAUCACCAGAAGACAAACAGAAAUGUUACCCAUAUAGUCUUUCUAUGUCUGGUCCUUGGGGAGAGGAAUUCCAAAUCAAGAUGUUUGCAUCUAACCCAGGAGAUGAUAUAUCUCACUCGAUAUGUGCAAGCGAAGCUACCCGAGUAUUAUGCAGUGGAAAGGCCCAUUCCAAUCCCUUGAAGGAGACAUGGAUGCCAAAUGACCAGACUGGUUACGGGCUAGACUUUGACACUGUCAUCUAUGGAAGUAUAGAAGGCAGUGAUAAGAGAUUCAACUUCUCCCUGCCUGAUCCAAAUGUGAUAGUCAAGGGGCUCAUGAAGCCCAAGUUUUGUGAGGCGUACAAAAGGAUCCAGUCAAAGUUGGAAAAUGGAUCUGUAAUGAGACCUCAGGAAGUUUACAGCUGUCUCUAUGAAAGUUUGUGUGGGGACAUGGUAGAUGGAAGAGUUGAUUCUACUCUGCCUUUCCAACCAAGAUCAAUGCAUACACACUCAAAGGCCGAGAACAAAAGUCUGUUCUGUUUGUCAGAUUGGGAUCCUACUAUCUCAAACAGUGUUGUUGCCACUGCGCUGGCUAGGCGCCUUUUUGAAUCUGCAAUCCCUGCAAACUGCUCAAACAUUGGCUCCUCACUAGUCAAAGAGGGAGGGUCCAAGAUUACUGAUGCAGUUGAGACUCCACAAAAUACCCAACGUCAAGAGCGAGAUGUGGAAGUUUACAAGAAGAGUGCUCUUGCACUAGCAAUAGGUGAUUCCUUUCCUGACAUCAAAGAAUUCAUAGAGGCAAUGUCGCACAUUCUUAAACCUGAAGCAACUGCUCAGGGAUUUGUCAGGGAAGAGGGAGAUCAGGAAGAAACUCAGCAAACGUUGAAAAAUAUGUUAGAUCUUGAAAGACCUGAACAUUGGUGA